AUGGCGACUCAGUGCCCCAGCGGUAACUCUGAUCUCUACGGCGUCGGCGUCCGCGUCGGCCUCUACGCCCAAUGGGUCGCCACGCUCCUCGUCACCGUCUUCGACCCCAGGACCGAGAGCACGUACCGCAUCGCCAACCUCAUCAUCCAGUGGUCUAUCUUCCUGGGCCUCUGCACGCAGUCCAGCCAGGGCGACCCCGUCGUCGGCGCCAUCAUCACGCAGUAUCUGCUCUUUGGCUCCCUCUCCAGCGUGACGGGCGACGGCAUCAAGCACUUUAGCCACUUUUCGGGCAUCUUCCGCGUCGUCUUUUACACGGCCGUCGCUGCGUACGGCUGCUGGUUCUGGUACAAGGGCAUAGACGUAAUGUCCAUCGAGGGCUGCCCGGACAUUGCCUUUUUCCGCGGCGUGACUAUCCACGGAUGGUUCCGCACGCUGGGGAAAGUUGUGUCCGUCUUGGGACUUGUGGUUUGCGUGUGUUUACUCUUUUUCAGCGCCUAUGCGACGGCGAGGAGGUUUAAAAACGGCUUUCGGGAUGGGUUUGGGCGCAGAGACAGGGUCCGCCCGCGGGUUGAGCUGGUGCUCUUGGUGCUGUCGAUGGCCUUGAUCGGUGUAUCCAUCUACUUGGUGGAGCAUCUCAUCAUGGUCAACGACGUCGAUGGAGUGGGAAUUGCUGAGAUCGGCACGGUUGGCCAGCUGAUUCCGCUGUUGGCUGGUGGGUUGGGAUGCGCAAUGAGCAUCUGGAAGAUCCUGGUGCACCGUCUGUUUUUGAGGAAGAGGUGCUGGUUCCUGUUUGGCUAUCAUCUGUAA